UUCGUCCGGAUAACGCGAGAGGAUAGAGCGGACACGAGCGAGCCGGAGAGUCCAGAACCAUGGCGGCGACGUCUUCCUCACUGUCCACCGCGACACUGCCCCUCCUUCCGCUCUCCAAUCGCGCCUCACUCUCUUCCCGCCCCCAAACCCUCUCCCUACCGCUCUUGUGUUCGAACCCUCCUAUGUCCCUGCGCUCCCGUCCGCCUCCGUUCUCCCCUGUCUUCUCCGCGGCCGCCGCCGUAGAUGCAGCAGAGGUAGAAGAGGACUCGGUUGUUGCCGCCCCUUCCUUCGAUGUCGAGGCGGAUACUGAUAAGAUGGCACCGAAGCAGAAAAUAAGAAUCAAAUUGAGGUCCUACUGGGUGUCACUGAUUGAGGAUUCGUGCAAGCAAAUACUUGAAGCUGCCCGAACAACCAAUGCAAAGACCAUGGGUCCAGUGCCCCUUCCCACAAAGAGGAGAGUCUAUUGUGUCCUCAAGUCACCCCAUGUUCACAAGGAUGCUCGGUUCCAUUUUGAGAUUCGAACUCACCAACGGCUAAUUGACAUUUUGUAUCCAACCGCCCAAACAAUUGACUCGCUAAUGCAGCUUGACCUUCCUGCAGGUGUGGAUGUUGAGGUCAAGCUAUGAUACCAUCACAACUGAUGUUUUUUUAUUUUCCCAUAUGUUUCUAUUUUCUUUUCAUCCAUUUUCAGCUCUGCCAGGAACUAGAAGGCAAGGCUUUAUACUUUGUACCUAUGGCUUGUUCAGUGUUCUCAAGUUUUUUUCUGUGAAAUUGUUGAGAGAUGUUUGAUUCCAGUUGUAGCAACAAGUUGUGUUAUUUGACUUUUUUCUUGGUUUU